AUGGCUACAGAGACAUUCACCCUAAACACUGGAGCUAAGAUCCCCGCCGUGGGAUUUGGAACGUGGAAAGCUGGCCCUGGCGAGGCUGCCGCUGCUGUCCAGGCAGCAUUUGAAGCCGGAUAUCGCCAUUUUGAUUGUGCUCCUCUAUAUGGAAACGAGGCAGAAAUCGGCCAGGUGUUCAAGAAUACCAAAGUCCCUCGAUCCGAGUACUUUGUAACUACAAAGCUCUGGUCCUCCGACCACCGCCGCGUUGAAAGCGCACUGGACAAGUCCCUCCGCGACCUAAACCUCGACUAUGUCGACCUCUACCUCAUGCACUGGCCAGUCGCGCUAGACCCGUCUCCAAACGACGAAAACUACGGCAAGGAAGAUCGCGCGGUGCACGCAGCGGGGUGGGAUUUCUGCGACACCUGGCGCGAGAUGGAGAAGUUGCUGGCUACAGGAAAAGUCAAGGCGAUCGGAGUCGCCAAUUUCUCCACCGUGAAUCUAACAAAACUGCUUGAGACUGCAAAAGUUGUGCCCGCCGGGAUCCAUCAGACGGCGUUUGGGCCGCUUGGUGGCUCGGGAAGUACCCUGCAUCAGCAUCCGGAUAUUGUGGCGAUUGCGAACAAGAGGGGUGCCGAGACGGGCAAUGUUAUGCUGAGUUGGGGGAUUCAGAAGGGGUGGAGUGUUAUUCCAAAGAGUACAAAUCCGGUGCGUAUUGCGAAUAAUCUCAAGAACUUUGUGAUGGAUGCUGCGGAGCUGCACGCUAUGGAUAGGCUGGCAUUGCCCAAGGGGAAGAGGUUCAAUCGGCCUAACUGGGGGGGCUGUUAUUUUUCACGAUGA